AUUAACAAUCACAAGCUAUUUUUCCCCUUCCAUCAUCAAAUUCUCAAAGAAAAAAGGUUACAAGAAAAAAAUCCCCAAAAGCUUCCUCAAAAACCCUAAACGCCGAUCUCUCGAUCUUCUCCGAUCUGCCUUGUUUCCCUAAUCUGGUAUCAAAAUAGGCCAGUUUGAUUUUAUUGGAUUGAAGAUGUCAGACGCUUUGAAUAUGACUCUUGAUGAAAUUGUCAAGAAGAGUAAGUCUGCAAGGUCUGCAGCUGCAAGAUCUGGAGGUAAAGGAGUUUCGCGCCGUGGACGUGGACGUGGUGGACCUAAUGGUGUUGUAGGAGCUGGAAGAGGAGGUGGACCUGUUCGUAGAGGUCCUCUUGCUGUUAAUGCUCGGCCAUCUUCCUCCUUCUCGAUAAACAAGCUUGCCCGCAGGAAGAGGAGCUUGCCAUGGCAGAAUCAGAAUGAUUUGCUUGAAGAAAGCCUGAGAGCUGUUGGGGUAUCGGGAGUGGAAGUCGGAACCACAGUUUAUAUUACCAACCUUGAUCAGGGAGUGACAAACGAAGAUAUAAGGGAACUCUAUACUGAGAUUGGAGAGCUGAAAAGAUAUGCAAUUCACUAUGACAAAAAUGGGCGUCCAAGUGGAUCGGCUGAAGUUGUGUAUAUGAGAAGAAGUGAUGCAUUACAAGCUAUGAGGAAAUACAACAAUGUACUCUUGGAUGGAAGGCCUAUGAGACUGGAGAUUUUGGGUGGAAGUGCUGAGGCUGCUCCUGUUGCAGCUCGUGUUAAUGUGACUGGAUUGAAUGGAAGGAUGAAGAGGAGUGUUUUCAUUGGACAAGGAAUUAGAGGUGGGAGAGUAGGAAGAGGAAGAGGUUCAGGUCCUUCUGGGAGACACCUUCCAAUCCAGCAAAACCAACAAGGAGUUGUGAAAGGUGGUCGAGGCGGGUUCCGUGGUAGAGGCCGAGGUAAUACUGGUGGCAGAGGGAAUAAAAGCGGCCGAGGUGGAAAGAAGGCGGUGGAGAAGUCUGCUGCAGACCUGGACAAAGAUCUCGAAAGCUAUCAUGCUGAAGCAAUGAACAUCUCUUAAGCAGAAACAAGACUACGCUUCUUGUCAUGUACUCUUGUGUUCUUUUAUUCUUAGUCUCUGACUAAUAUAUUACCUCAGAUGUGCCAAAGUCUCUGGUUUGGUUUGAUUUCGUUUAGGGUGGCUCUACUUUGCUUUUGUUUUCUUCUUUUGUUGCUUCACUUUUACAGUCACUUUGGUUAAUGAAGUUUAAAGAGAUUUAGUAUGUAAAUGAGAAAGCUUUUAUUGUUAG